CGUAGCGUACGUACGGUACUAUCACGUACUUGGUACUUCUCUGUUCAACAACAUCAUCUGUUUUGUAUUUCUGAAAAAUUCAAAAAGCACAUCAUCAAUUUAGUAGACACCCUAGAAAACUUUAUCGAAUCCAUUCGGCAAAAAACCCGUAUGAUCAUACAUCAUCCUGCCGAACUAGCAUCCAAUCAACAACAAAAAGCUUCACAACGAGAACUUCCUAUAAUAUAUAACACGACGAGCAUGACUUGCGCAACAACAACAACGACAACUGCAUUCGCAUCACUUUUCUUCUGCUUGGCCCUGAUCGGUAGUAUUUCGGAGCAAAAGGUUGACGCCUUUACGUUGGGUGGCUUAAGUCCUGGACGCUUUGGAAGCGUCGCUGUGACAAAGAUGCCACAGCCUGUCACAUCCAUCAUGUCGAUGGCGGAAGAAGACGAAGCUGCGGAGGAAGUAGAAGAAUCAUCUGAGGCCGAGGAAGAAGAAACACCGGAAGAUCCCGAGGUUACCGCCCUCAAGGAAAGCAUCGCCGAGCUCGAGGGCAAUCUGGCGGACAAGAAGUCCAAGCUUCAGUACGAAUUGGAAAAAUGUGAGGAAUAUUCAAAGAGCGGAUACGCCCGAAAGGUAGCUGACAUGGAAAACAUGAAGCGGGUCCGAAGUGUGAGUAGAACUACAAUAGAAAUUGGCAAGCGGCAGGAGGGUCGAAGCGGCAAUUGGAGACAUGCGCAAAUACUUUGUCACCUCAAGAUGGCAAUCCACAAAUUCGGGUCUACGACUCGCUUGCCCGCCACCGUCAUCCUUUCUCUAACAGUGUCGUUUUUGGUUUCGCUCUUUGCAAAUGUUUUCGGUCUGACCUGAACAUUUCGUUGCUGGAUCAACGCGCGUAUUCACAAAUACUAUCCGAUCUUGCUCAAUCACUAUACCGCAACGCGCAUUUUUGUUCAACUUAAAGAACAUCGCUUCCACCAGCAAAGCCAGUGCAACGGCUGCCGUCCUCAAGGACUUUUUGCCCAUUUAUGACACACUCAAUUCACUCCGGGAGACCUACAGCGAGGAUGAAUUUGGCAGGAAGUACUCCGAGCUAAAUCUGGAGCAGACUUUUGCAACCUUGGGCGUCACUAGCUUCGAUAUUCAAGCAGGAGACAAAAUCAACAAUUUUAGAAUGAAGGUUUUAGAGUCUGAGAACUCGAACGACUUCGAGAAGGACACGGUCCUCAGAAUGGUAGAACCGGGAAUGGAAUUAGAGGGGAACGUUGUCCGGGCUGCUAUCUGUGUUGGCAGUCUUGGUGCCGAAGGUGCUGAUGACGAAAGUAGCGAAGGAGAGGAUACUACCGAGGAGGCCUAAGCUCGAAAACGCUCUCAAUGCAAAGCAUAAACAAGAGCUGCAGGAAAAAUUUACAACAUUUAGUAUAGCCAAUUCAUCUCAUCAGUAAUACGAUCCCCAUGUAGUUAGAAUCUGAAAGUGGUAAUAUUCAAUGCACUGUCCGAGAGCUUCGUUAUUUCCAACGUGUUUGCGUGACUUGAACAAUGUACUGUAUAUCACUAGAAUACACAACUCGAAGAUGA